AAAUACUUAUGUAUUUUUUGGAAGGGGAAUGCUGGGGGAGUGUUGGAAAGAAACUCUUAAAGGUGUAAUAAUAAUUAACAUGGAUAAAAUGGGGACUAAAAUCUUGUCACUUUUACAUUAGCCUGUUGGCGCUAAUGCAGAGCAGCAGGGAAUGUAUUGAUAAAAGAUAUCAGAGAGGGUUUUAUUACUCUUUGGAUAUGCUCGGAGUUUGCGAAGGCACAGCAGCGGUGGGUUAUGUGACAGCUUCCAUCUCUGCGGUAUGGAGGGAGGGUGGGUUUGUAUCCUUCGAGAAGUUAAUGAAUUUCAGAAUAGGAAGGACACAUUAGACCAGCAUGUUUUUGGUUUGUGGUUUUUGUUGUUGUUGUUGUUCUGAAAGUGGAAUAUUAUUAAGCAAGGUUCCUGAAAGAUAGCAAAAUAAGACUGAUUUAGGAGAUAAGACACUGAUAUGAGAUAAAGGUUGAUGAUUUCAAUACAGAACAGGUUUUGGACACUCUGAAUUUAAGGGUUAAAGUCUACAAGAGCUCCUACUGAUUCAGACUUAAUUUGUGAUAACAGUGAUAACCUGUUGUUGCUCAUUCUGCAUGAAUCAAAUCGUUGAACUGCUUCCUGAUGCUAUCAGUGUUUUCAGUUUCUCCAUCUGUAUAUCCAGCACAAGUUCCUGUUUAUUUAACAACGUGCGUUUCUUUAUUCACUUUUAACGUCUUCAGUUCGAGUACUUUGUACUGAAAGACAAGCUACAGGGCAGAUGAUCACGGAAAUGAAUAUAACUUUAUUCUGUGAUGGCAGUCAGAGCUGGGACACUUGUUAGGUAUGUGUGCGUGGGGAUGGUUCCCGUUCACUGCGUGAACCUGUGACCCAAAACAGUGUCCCGGCUGGAAUGUGCAGGCGGUGCAGACGCUGCUGCCACCCACGGCUCGUACGGGACAUUGCCCGGAGUGCAGCGGAAAGAUUGAGUCGGCUUUGCCAUCAGGACCGGCUUCCAUGAGCAAGAUAACAUAUGAGAAGCUCAGUGUGGGAUUCAUAAGGCAGAUUGCGACAUAGACUUUGGCUAUACUUUUCCUAGUCGUGUGAAGCUAGAAAUCUGAACGGAUGCCUGUGCCGCCGCCGCCACCACCACCUCCUCCACCACCUCUACCACCCUCUGGAGGGCCUCCUCCACCACCACCUUCUGGAGGGCCCCCUCCACCACCACCACCACCACUGUCUAGUUCAGAAGUGCCAAAACUGCGGAAGGAAGAUCAGAAAGCACGAAGCGCGCUCUUGGCUGAUAUCCAGCAGGGAACUCGCUUAAGAAAAGUGACUCAAAUCAAUGACCGCAGUGCCCCACAGAUUGAAAAACCCAAAGGAGCUAACAGAGAUGGAGUUAAUCCAGCUGUCAAUAAAGGUGGCUCUCAGCAGCCUCUGGGAGGUUUAUUUGCUGGUGGCUUUCCUGUUCUCAGACCAGCAGGCCAGAGGGACAUGACAGCAGGGAGGCCUGGGCAGCUUUCCGGAGUCCGAGCAGCAGCCCCCAAACCCUCCGCCCCACCGAACAGCGGCGCUGCCAAGCCGAGCAGUAACCCCUCGCACCCAGCCGAAGCUCCAAGGGCAGCUGUGCCACCAGAGCUUCCCAACACCUCCCGACCCGCAGCGGCACCCGCAGCCGGCCCCGGGCGGCCCAGCCUGCCCGCCCCGCCUCCACCGCCUCCCGCUUCCAGCAAACCUUCCCUCACUUUCCCUCCUCCUCCCCCCCUGCCCCCUCCGGCCGAUCGCCCUCCCAAGGGGGUGACGCCCGGCGCGGCUCCUCCGCCCCCGCUCCCUCCUCCCCAGGCUGACAAACCCGCCAAGUUUCCAGCAGGCGCUUCACACCCGCCCCAGCCGCCCUCCUCCUCCUCCUCCUCCUCCCUCCCCUGCCCCUCGUCCCCCUGCGGGCUGCCGGCCAGGACUGCCGAUGUCCCCGCGGCUGCCGCCCCUCCGGCCGAAGGGAGGGACUGUCCCCUUCCCACGCCGCCUCCCCCUCCUCCACCGCCCCACGGCCACCCCCUGCCCUCGAACAGGCUCUCCUUUCCUCCCUCCGCAGCCUUUAGCGGUGCUGACGUGCCCCCUCCGCUGCCCCCCAAGUCUCCCCACUUGCUGUCGCAGUUCCACAAGCCAAGCAGCAUCCAGUCGCUGCCGCUCCCACCCACCCCCGGCCAGCCUCAGCCCGCAGCCGCGGCAGAGACCAGGAAGAAGAGACCCGGCCGAGGAGCAGGAACCGGUGCUGGGAAGCUGGUCACACCUCCACAGCCACCAGCAAGAUCCCCAACAACUGAACUCACAAGCAAGUCUGGAGUCUCAACCUGGGCUACAGCUCUUGACCCCUACCCACCACUCAAAAAUGGAAAUAUGCACAUCCUUGAUGACUUUGAAUCUAAAUUUACUUUCCAUUCUGUGGAAGAUUUUCCCCCACCUGAUGAAUUCAAGCCAUUUCAGAAAAUAUAUCCUAGCAAGAUAGCUAGAGAUCCUUCUAAAAAUCCUCCAUUAAGAACACAUGUGAGAUGAGAAGAGUCUACUGAUGCUCUCUGGAAGAGUAUUAAAAAAGAACAUCACGAUAAUAUAUAAAACAGAAGGGGUCCCCACUGCAGUGAUAGCGAUUGUAUUUGAGUCACAUGUACUGCAAUGUAAACAUUUCUAUAAACUGGAAAAAUUGUGUAAAUUAUACCUUUUUAGCUGGCCUACAUACUACAGGAAUUUUAGUACAGGCUUUUAAAUUAUUGUAAAUAGGUGGAUAUUUUUUAAGCAAAGCAGCAUAAAAUUUAAAUUCUUUGUAGUGUUGAAACAAUUCUCAUUCUUAUCAUGCUGACAGUGUUAUCUCAAACAUUUUGCAUUGCAUGCCUAUAUUUCUUUUUUCCCCUUUCAUCGUAAUUUUUAAGUAUUUUGGAAAUUCUCCAGUUAUUAUUCAGACAUUUUUUUCAAUGAACUGUCACACUAAUGCACUACCUUUAGUCUGUUUCUAUGUUCCUUCGCUUCUAUUCUGCCUAUCCUCAGACUGCAGCAGGAUGUCACUUUCAUGAAGGGACGGGCCCACAAUCCUUCUCUCAUCAAGCAUGAAGAGGAGAUGACAAGGAGCUGUGGCUGCUGUUGAGCCUACCUCCUACUGAUUACAGAUCCUUAUAGGAUAGUGUCUGAAGAAGACCAGCCUGGGUAGGGUGGUCAUGGACUUGACAAAGAUGACAGAACUUCUCCAAAGUAGAGGAAAAGAAAGUUGCUAUAUUGUAAGCAAAAAAAAAAAAAAAAAAAAAAAAAAGAGUGUGUGAAUACAUAUGCCACGAUGUAUGUACGUAAGGGCAUGUGUCCUGUCUUUUCCUGCUGGGAAAGUGGAUAUUUACUGUUGCAUUUCUGUGAGAGAUUGCCUUUACCCAGCAAUUAUGAGACCUUUGGAUGAGAGGUCCAAAACCCACAAUUUAAACAGGCAACUCGAACUACUGUUGUUCACCCACGGUGAGGAUUCAUUGUCCAAAACACAUCACACUGCUUGGAACAAGCAGUCCCCAAAGUGGUUGUCUUGAACAGAGUUGGCUGGGAAAAGUAACAACCUAGCAGUAGACAAGACUUCAUCUGCUUUUAAUAUUCAGCCAGGGGUAAGGCCCUUGGAUCACAGAUGUUCAGAUCUCGUCCUAAGAUGUCUGUUUCUCACAAGAAUUACUCUUCUUCCUGUGCAUUUCACCACAUUAGCAGGAGUGGUGCCAGGUCGAGGGAGGUGAUCCUUCCACUCCAUUCAGCACUGGUGAGGCCACACCUGGAGUGCUGUGUCCAACUUCUGGCUUGCCAGUGCAAGGGAGACAUGACCAUACUAGUGAGAGUCCUACAACAGGCUGCAAAGGUGAUAAAAGGACUGGAGCAUCUCUCCUAUGGAAAGGGUAGGAAAGCUGGGGCUGUUCAGCCUAGAAAAGAGAAGGCUCAGAGGGGACCUCUUCAAUGUGUAUAAAUACCUGAAGGGAGGGUUUAAAGAUGGAGCCAGUCUCUUUUCAGUGAUGCCCAGUGACAGGACCAGAGGCAGUGGGCACCAACUGCAACAGAGGAGGCUCUGUCUCAACAUCAGGAAACAUUUUUUGAUUGUGAAGGUGACUGAGCACUGGCACAGGUUACCCAGUGACAUUGUAGAGCCUAACUUCCUAAAGAUACUCGAAAACCAUCUGUACUUGGUCCUGGGCAACUGGCACUAGCUGACCCUACUAGAGCCAAGGGAGUUGGACCAGAUGACCUCCAGCCAUCCCUUUCAACCUCAAACACUGAUUCCCCCUUCUACAGCUUUUCUGACUUCCUGUACCUGAGUCACAAUAACGCCAUGCAACACUACAGGCUUGGAGCAGAGUGGCUGGAAAGCUGCCUGGCACUAAAGGACCAGGGGGUGCUCAUUGAGAGCCGGCUGAACAUGAGCCAGCAGUGUGCCCAGGUGGCCAAGAAGGCCAAUAGUAUCCUGACUUGAGGCUCAGGGAAGACCUUAGUGCUAUAACCUGAAAGGAGGCUGUAGUGAUGUUGGGGGUCAGUCACAUCUCCCAGGACAGGACAAGAGGAAAUGGCCUCAAGCUGUGCCAGGGGAGGUUUAGAUUGGAUAUUAGGAAAAACUACUUCACUGAAAGGGUGGUCAGGCGUUGGAACAGGCCUCCCAGGGAAAUGCUGGAGUCACCACUUAAAUAUGUGGAGGCAUUUAAAAGAUCUGUAGAUGUGGCACUUGGGGACAUGGUUUAGUGGUGGAUUUGGCAGUGCUGGGUUAAUAGUUGGACUUGAUGACCUCAAAGUUCUUUUCCAACCUAAAUGAUUCCAUGAUUCACCAACCUGAGAAAGGACACUGCUGUUCCAGGGUGAGUCUGGUUCCAACAGCCAGGUUAUUUGCAGUUAUGGCAAUAAUUUAUAUAAUUGCCACCGGUUCCCCUCAGUUACAGCUGUAAUAAUGUUAUAGAUCACAGAUGAUGGAAAAGACAGGUAACUGCAGCUUUAUAUAUCUCUGCUUUUCUCUUGUAGCAGCUCAGUUGUACUGUAACUUUAUUUCCACACACAUAGGUUCAUGGUGUGUGAGAUGGUGUAAAAAGUAACUUCACCUGUAGGACUCUAAGAAAGCAGCAUUAGUCUUUUUCUAGCCUAUUAUGAUAACCUUCUGUACAUCAUGGGAAAAAAAAAAAAAUUGGUAAUUCUUUGACCAAUACUGUCACUGUCAUUAUUGUAGUUACUUGAUAAAUAUGCAUGAAUUUAGUAAUAAGCAGGGGUCUGCAUAUACAUUGCUUCUCAAACAACUGUAAAAGUUUAUUAGUGCUUUAAAGACUAUUUUGUUAUAGUACUAUUAAAAGUGACGUUUUGUUGGUU